CGGUUGCUUGACAAAGCUCGGCUGGGCUUCUCCGUAGUGUUCCCAUUAUCCACCUAACAAGACAGCCAGCAUCAUAUUGUCUCCUCCUAGACAACGCUCCCCGAACAGUUGAAUACCUGUGGGGAAGCCCACCCCCUGAGUGGCCAACAUGGGGGACGAUAGCGAGUGGAUGAAGCUUCCCAUCGACCAGAAAUGUGAACACAAGGUGUGGAAAGCCCGUCUGAAUGGCUAUGAAGAAGCCCUGAAGUUGUUUCAGAGGAUAGAGGACGAGAAGAGUCCAGAAUGGGGGAAGUACCUGGGACUGGUGAAGAAAUUCGUCACCGAGUCUAAUGCUGUGGCUCAGCUGAAAGGGCUGGAGGCUGCCCUGGCUUUCAUAGAGAACGCACAUGUCGCUGGCAAGACGACAGGUGAGGUGGUGUCAGGCGUGGUGACCAAGGUGUUUAACCAACCCAAAGCACGGGCUAAGGAGCUGGGCACAGACAUCUGCCUGAUGUACAUAGAGAUAGAAAAAGCUGAGGUUGUUCAGGACGAGCUGCUCAAAGGAUUGGACAACAAGAACCCCAAGAUAGUGGUGGCCUGCAUCGAGACGCUCAGGAAGGCCCUCAGUGAGUUUGGAUCCAAGAUAGUGACACUGAAGCCGGUGGUGAAGAUUUUGCCCAAACAGUUUGAGUCCAGAGAGAAGGCAGUGAGAGACGAAGCCAAACUGCUGGCCGUCGAAAUCUACAAAUGGAUCAGAGACGCACUGAGACCUCCACUACAGAAUAUCAACUCUGUACAGUUGAAGGAGCUGGAGGAGGAGUGGGUGAAGUUGCCCUCCUCUCCUCCCAAACAGAGCCGCUUCCUCCGAUCCCAGCAGGACCUGAAGGCCAAGUUUGAGCAGCAGCAGGCCCAAGGGGAUCAGUCUGAUGGAGAAGAGGAGGAGGAAACGGCAGCAGCAGUGGACCCUUAUGAGCUGCUGGAGGCCGUGGAGAUUCUCUCCAAAUUACCUAAAGACUUCUACGAUAAAAUAGAAGCUAAAAAGUGGCAGGAGAGGAAGGAAGCCCUGGAGGCUGUAGAGACUCUGUCCAAAAACCCCAAACUAGAGAAUGGAGACUAUGGAGACCUGGUUAGAUCACUGAAGAAGGUUGUGGGGAAAGAUGCCAAUGUGAUGCUGGUGACCCUGGCAGCUAAAUGUCUGGCUGGACUGGCUGCUGGCCUCAGGAAGAAGUUUGGAACAUAUGCUGGCCAUGUGGUACCAACCAUCCUGGAGAAGUUUAAGGAGAAGAAGCCUCAGGUUGUCCAGGCCCUGCAAGAGGCCAUUGACGCUGUCUUCCUCACUACCACUCUCCAGAACCUUUCAGAGGACAUCCUGGCUGUAAUGGACAAUAAGAACCCGUCUAUCAAGCAGCAGGCCUCUUUGUUCCUGGCCAGGGCCUUCAGGCAUUGCACUCAGGCCACGCUGCCUAAGAGCAUUCUCAAACCCUUCUGCGCUGCUUUCCUCAAGCAAGUGAACGACUCUGCUCCAGAGGUGCGCGAUGCUGCCUUUGAGGCUUUGGGGACGGCCAUGAAAGUGGUCGGAGAGAAAGCUGUGAACCCUUUCCUAGCUGAUCUGGAUAAAAUCAAACUGGAUAAGAUAAAGGAGUGUGCUGAUAAAGUGGAGCUCCCAGGAGGGAAGAAGGCUGGAGGGGGAGGAGGGGGAGAGAAGAAGGCGGCAGCUAAAGCUCCUCCCCCUGCUGAGGCUCCAGCCAGAUCCUCCGCACCCCCAAAGAAGACCCCCGCCGCCGCCACCAAGCCAUCAGCAGGCCCACCUAAGAAAGGCAAACCAGCUUCUGCCCCCAGUGGAAAAUCCAAGAAGACGCCUGACAAUAAAGAGACCCUAGAGAGUGAACUGGCGCUUGAGGUUUGUGAGGAGAGGGCGGCGGCAGUGCUCCCUGCCUCCUGUCUGCAGCAGCUGGACUCGGCCAACUGGAAGGAGCGGCUGGCCAGUAUGGAGGAGUUCCAGAGGGCUGUUGAGACGAUGGAUAAGGCAGAGAUGCCCUGCCAAGCUUUAGUCAGGAUGCUGGCCAAGAAACCAGGCUGGAAGGAGACCAACUUCCAGGUGAUGCAGCUGAAACUACAUGUUGUGGCUCUAAUAGCCCAGAAGGGGCAGUUUUCAAAGACCUCAGCCUCGGUGGUUUUGGAUGGCUUGGUGGACAAGGUUGGAGACGUCAAGUGUGGGGGAAAUGCCAAAGAGGCGCUGACUGCUAUUGGAGAGGCCUGCUCGCUGCCAUGGACUGCAGAACAAGUUGUGUCGAUGGCCUUCUCCCAGAAGAAUCCCAAGAACCAGGCAGAGGCUCUCAACUGGCUGGCCAAUGCAAUGAAGGAGUUUGGCUUCGCUGGUAUCAACGUCAAAGGCUUCAUCAACAACGUGAAGACGGCACUGGGAGCGACCAACCCCGCCGUGCGCACAGCAGCCAUCACCCUGCUGGGCGUCAUGUACCUCUACAUGGGAGCUCCGCUACGCAUGUUUUUCGAAGAUGAGAAGCCUGCCCUCCUUGCACAGAUAGAUGCAGAGUUUGAAAAGAUGCAGGGCCAGUCUCCACCUGCCCCGAUCAGAGGCGCCAAGAAGACAGGGGUGGAGGACGAGUGUGAUGAGGAGGAGCAAGAUGAAGACGCCGGAGCUGGACAGGACAUCAUGGAUCUCCUUCCUCGAACAGACAUCAGUGAUAAAAUCACAUCGGACCUUGUGGCUAAGAUUGGAGAUAAGAACUGGAAAAUCCGAAAGGAGGGUUUGGACGAGGCGGCAGCGAUCAUCUCAGAGGCCAAGUUCAUCACAGCCAACAUGGGAGAGCUGCCUCUGGCACUGAAAGGACGGCUCAAUGACUCCAAUAAAAUACUGGUCCAGCAGACUCUGUCUAUCCUGCAGCAGCUAGCUACAGCCAUGGGACCCGGACUCAAACAACACGUUAAAGCACUGGGAAUCCCAAUCAUUACUGUUCUGGGAGACAGCAAGCCUAACGUGAGGACGGCUGCCAUGGCGACACUGCAGGCAUGGGUGGAGCAGACUGGCAUGAAGGAGUGGCUGGAGGGAGAAGACCUGUCAGAGGAGCUGAAGAGAGAGAAUCCCUUCCUGCGACAGGAGGUACUAGGCUGGUUAGCAGAGAAGCUCCCCACCCUGAGGACGGUACCCGGGGAUCUGAUGUUUUGUGUCCCACAACUCUACGCCUGUCUGGAGGACAGGAACGGAGAUGUGAGGAAGAAAGCCCAAGACGCCCUGCCUACCUUCAUGAUGCAUUUGGGCUUCGACAAGAUGACCAAGGCAACUGGAAAGCUGAAGCCUGCCUCCAAGGACCAGGUGGUAGCCAUGUUGGACAAGGCCAGGGCAGUGAUGCCAGCGAAACCUGCAGCCCCUGCCAAGGCGGGAGGAGGAAAGGGCUCUGCAGGAGCAGGCAAGGCCACAUCAGGGUCGAGGUCUCAGCCGGUCAGUGAAGACUUUGUAGAUUCCAAACCUGAAGUGAAAAAGGUCCGAGGAGGAAUGGCUGCUAAGAAGCUCCCCUCCCCUCCCGAGGAACCUGCCCCUCCCCCUCCCUCCAUGGACAAGGACAGUAAUGGUAGUAAAAAGCCCCCCAGCAAAGGAAAGGCUGCUGCUGGCAGUCAACAGGGCGCAGCAGGUAAGAAGCCCCCAGCCAAAGGCAUCAAGGAGGAUGAGGAUAAAUCCGGACCCAUCUUCGUCCUCGUCCCCAAUGCCAAGGAACAGAGGAUCAAAGAGGAGAAACAGCUAAAGAUCUUGAAGUGGAAUUUCCUCACUCCUCGUGAUGAAUAUGUGGAGCAACUUAAAGCCCAGAUGUCGACUUGUUUUGCCAAGUGGCUUCAGGACGAGCUCUUCCACUUUGACUUCCAAAGACAUGUCAAGGCUAUAGGAGUCAUGAUAGAGAGGUUGGACUGCGAGAGUGAUGCCACCAUUAGCUGUCUGGACCUGAUUCUGAAGUGGUUCACCCUGAGGUUCUUUGACACCAACACCACAGUACUAAUGAAGGUCUUAGAGUAUCUGAAGCUACUCUUUGCCAUGCUGAACAGAGAGAACUACCACCUCAAUGAAUACGAGGCCAACUCCUUUGUCCCUUACCUCAUACUCAAGGUUGGGGAAUCCAAGGAUGUGGUCCGUAAAGAUGUUCGGGCCAUACUGACCAUGUUGUGUAACGUGUACCCAGCGUCCAAGGUCUUUCCCUUCCUCAUGGAUGGAACAAAGUCCAAGAACUCCAAACAGAGAGCUGAAUGUCUUGAGGAGUUAGGUUGUUUGAUAGAGGGCUACGGGAUGAAUGUAUGCCAACCGACUCCUGCCAAGUCUCUGAAGGAGAUCGCCGUUCAUAUUGGCGACAGGGACACUUCCGUACGCAACGCUGCCCUCAACACUGUCGUGGCCGUCUACAAUGUCUGUGGGGACCAAGUCUACAAACUUAUAGGAAAUUUAUCAGAGAAGGACAUGAGUAUGUUGGAGGAGAGGAUCAAGCGUUCAGCCAAGAAGACUCCUGCCCCCCCGGCUAAACAGAGUGCAUCAGAGAGGUCCCAGAGAGAACAUCCAACCAACCCCAGUGCCACUUUCCUCCGGAAGCCUGCGCAGGAGGACCCCAAUAAACUCAAAAUAAUGUAUCGCACAUAUAGGAUCCAAGCCCGUCAGAACGCCCAGCACAGCGAGUCGUCCCACCCAUCCAUUCCCAAGGAGUUUCAGUUGGACCUGGACAUGAUCGAGACAGACCAGAGCAGAGUGAGCGAGCUGCCAGACCUCGUCCAGCACAAACUGGACGAACUGCUGGAGCCCAUCAUGAUCCCCGAGCCCAAGAUGCGUUCCGUCUCUCCCCACUUCGAUGAGCUCCACAACAGCACAGCCUCCACCAUCAACUUUGUCAUAUCUCAGGUGGCAAGUGGUGACAUUAACACCAGCAUUCAGGCCCUGGCACAGAUCGAUGAGGUGCUGCGGCAGGAGGACAAAGCAGAGGUCAUGUCAGGCCACAUAGACCAGUUCCUAAUCGCGACCUUGAUGCAGCUGAGGCUCAUCUACAACACACACAUGGCUGACGACCGCCUGGACAAGAAGGACAUCUUCAAGCUCUACAGCUGUAUCAUAGGAAACAUGCUGUCUCUGUUCUCUAUGGAGUCCCUGGCCAGAGAGGCGUCCAUGGGUGUGUUAAAGGACCUGAUGCACGGUCUGAUAACUCUGAUGUUGGACGGCAGAGUGGAGGACAUCGAGGACGGACAGCAGCUCAUCAGAUCGGUCAACCUGCUGGUGGUCAGAGUGCUGGAGAAAUCCGACCAAACCAACAUUCUCAGUGCUCUGCUGGUGUUGCUCCAGGACAGUUUGAUCUCUCUCGAUUCUCCCAUGUUCUCUGAACUGGUCAUGAAGUGUCUGUGGAGGAUGAUCAGGUUCCUUCCAGAAACUAUUAACAGCAUCAACCUGGACAGAAUUUUACUGGACGUUCACAACUUCAUGAAGGUUUUCCCCAAAGAAAAGCUCAAGCAGCUUAAGAGCGACGUUCCUCACAGGACCCUGAAGACGCUGCUGCACACGCUGUGCAAGCUGACCGGGGCGAAGAUCCUUGACCACUUAUCGAUGAUCGAGAACCGUAACGAGUCGGAGUUGGAGGCCCAUCUGAGACGGGUGGUGAAACACUCCGGCAACCUGUCAGGACUCAAAACCGACCGUGGCAACGAAAAGGGCGGCCUGCGCACGGAGGAUCGGAUGUCGAAGGCUAAAGUCAGUGACAUCUUGUCUGAGAUCUUCAAGAAGAUCGGCUCCAAGGAGAACACAAAAGAGGGGUUGACGGAGCUGUACGAGUAUAAACAGAAGUACUCCGAUGCCGAUCUGGAGCCCUUCCUCCGAAACACUUCACAGUUCUUCCAGAGCUACGUGGAGCGAGGCCUUCGCAUGAUUGAGUCCGAGAGAGAGGGCAAAGGUCGCAUUCAGACCUCAACAGUCAUUCCCCAACAUGGCGGGGACACCGGGCCUCUCAGCAGUAAUAACGGAGAGGAGCUGAAACCAGCCGUUUACUACGAGAGACUGAAGAUCCUCAGACAGAGACAAGGCCUGGAAAACAACUCCAGGACACAGCAGGGCCUCGUAGGAGGCGAGGAGGAGCAGCAGCAGCGUGCCCCCAUUUCCUCUCUCCUGUCCUCCAAGCCGUCGGUGGCCUCCUCCACCGACAUGCUCCACAGCAAGCUGUCGCAGCUCAAGGAGUCCAGGGAGCUGUACCAGCAGGAGCACAACGCGCACACACACUCCCCGACGCACGCACACACCCGCUCGGCCUCACCGUCGGCCAACCUGGACGACCUGAAGAAGCGCCUGGAGCGGAUAAAGAGCAACAGGCAGUAGAGGCGCACCCAGCGACCACUUCAGACCCCCACCCACCCCAUAUACACAUACUCACACACACAUGCACGCACACACACACACACACACACACACACACACACACACAAUCUCGUCUGCGAAAACCUGUCCUCCCCACCAUUUCAACAAACCUAAUAGCCUCGUUUUAUUUAGUCCGUGUUCGUAUUCAUAUUCUGGUAGUCUGAAAUAAAUUGCACUCAGAUCCACGAGUCACACUCCCGCCCUCUGUAUUAACAUCAAGGAAGCAUACCCUAAAGUGUAAACCUGACUCCACCCACUGUGCCUGUAUGUUAGGUUCAGGUUUUUUAGAACAAAAAAAAUUAAAAAAACAAAAACAAAAAUAGAACAGCACCCUAAAUUGACCUGAUUAGUCGUGUAUUCAGAUUGAAACUGUAAAGGCAAUGCUUUGUCUGAAUGAACACACCUUCAUAGACGCACACGGGUCUGGGAUUUUUAGGCUUUUACACACAAAAUGUCAAACCUAACAGCUUUUUAGCCUGAAACAAACUGCAUCUGAUUUGAACAAACUAUCUCAACCCCACAAGCAGAUAGUUUUCUCUUUAACUGGAAGAAAAGUUGGCGUAGACAUCAGUUGUUUUGAAGCGUCAAAGUACGUUCUUCAGUGAUCAGGUAGUUAUUGGCUUUUGUAGGGAAAGAAAAAGCUGAAUCAGAGUUGAACAAAUUGGCAUUUUAUUUUUAGUGUCAGAGAUCACAUAGUGAGCCAUAACUGUAGGUUUUCCCCAAUGUGUGCAUAGUUUCAUCAGUUUGAACUAAAUCUGCAGUGUGUCCCAAACACCUGGGAUAGUCAUGGUGUUUGCUUGUCCCUUCAUUACCUCCAAUCACAGCCACCCAUCCUCUCCUGGGCUCCUCCCUCAGGGUGACCCCGUUCCUUUCCUCCAACACAUCUUCAAACACUCCUGUGUACACUUUCCAUAAAAAAACAAAAAACCUUGUCUUGUAGUAUAGUAAUCAAGUAAGUGGACUACCCUAUUUUCUCUAGUAUCAUGGCACAAUAUGUUUGUAUAUACUCGAGGUUGCCACUCACUAAACAAAGCGCUUCUCAAACGGUUGCAGAAGGAAAAAGAAAAAUCAGAAAUUUUACUCUUCGGUCCGGAUUCAGUCCCUUCGUGCUUCUCAUUCAAUUUUAGAUCCACCCGUCUCACAGCUCACAUUUUUCUGGAUCAUUUAGGCCUCCUGGCACAGGCAGGCCAGUGAGCUGCUUUCUAAAAAUGCCACUAAUACCCGGUCUGCACUGAUACCACCCGGGGAUUUCAAGUGAUUUGUAAUUUCCAACACAUCGUCUGAUUUGAAUGCCACUCACAUCUGCCAUGUGUGGAAUUUGUGAAGUCAAAAAUUCAGCACAACUUACCUCUUGUUCUUUAGCGAAGACUCCCGGUAAUCCUAAUCCCAUACAAACUGAGCUCUCACCACCUCCAUAUGUAAUUUAUUUUUGGUACCCAGUUUCUUUUUCUUCUUUUUUUUUAAUUCAAGAUGCACAAUUUCUGUCUUCCUCAUGUCAUAAAAAAUGGAGGCAAUAGUGGAGUAGAGCCUGGUUUUGAAAGCAUUUUUGUUACACUGGUUAGGUUUGUGGAACACCUCGAGCACCUGUGAUUUUGGCAAAUUUCAUACUCUUAUGUGAAUGCGCCAAAUUCAUUCGCUGCAUCAGGUCCCCACAUACCAGUAGCAAAAAGGGUUUAAAGGAAUAUGGCGACAUUUUGGGCAAAAUCCCCCUUUUCCGACUUGCGUAAGGUUUAUUUUUCACUUGGACGGAGCCAGGCUAACGACUCCUAUCGACGUCAAGUCUUUAUGCUAAGCUAACAGGAAAUGCUACCCAUAGGAAGUGAACGACUGGACGUACAGAGGAGAAAAUGGUGUCCAACAUCUGGUCUCAGUCUGGUGAAGUCGGAGAAAGGGCACUUUACCCAAAACAUUGGAGUUUUCCUUUAAGGUCGCUGAACCUGUUUUUCCGUUCAGUAGAAAACAUCUCGUAGUCCAGAGAUUUCUGCAUGAAAACGCUGAGCUGUGGGUCAGCUGGUGUAGAGCUUAUGUAGACGCCGGUGCAGUGGAAAGCCGGAGCCUGUUGGGAUUUAAACCGAACAGGCUCACUGACUUUUAGGAAUUUGUAAGUUUUAUCCAGGUGUUUGGUUCAAGUUACCUGCCUGAUCUGUUUCAUUUAGCCACUUCCACUUUAAUAUGAAGGUGGCCAUUCUGCCUGCCUCCAGAUGAGCUGUUGGUUUAAUUCAGUGCUUUUCAGCUAUGUGCAUUUCCCAGUCUGCCCAUUUUCAUUCCUACUGGAAGACACAGUAGGUGAUUUCAGGUUGUCAUCCCUCGAGGUUUCAGUCGAUGAACUCAGUAGCACGUGGAAUGAAAAAGUGCAGAUCAUCAAAAUGGUUGAAAACUGCUGGUUUAAUUCAUGAGGAGGCAAGAAAUGGCAAGAGUUUACAGCAACCCGCUGGUUGUGUCGCUCCUUUCAGCCAAUCAGAAGUGAGGAUGUGUUUUUCGUCCCGCCUCUGCUGUCGAGCUGAGACCGAGCAGAGUCAUAUAGAUAGAUUUGUUCAUGUUGUGUUAUGGACUGUGCUGUGGACUGACCCUUCUCUAGAACCAAGAGCAUCUUGGUUGUAAAUAUGUACUAAUGUCCUCCAUAACAUCACCAUUUAUUUAACAGCAGCCGUGACAGAGGACUGUGGAGCUGCCGUGGCUGUCACCUAAACCUGCAUCGACCAAACUCUUAUUUAUGUAUGGCUCUUUAUCCAACUGAAGGAAUUUCACUACAUUCUGUUCUCAAGGUUAAAGAGCAUGGCAUGAAGUAAUUGUUUUUAUUUUUGAUGUAAAUAAAGUUUGCAUUACUAAAAAGCUGCUUAAUUAAAUCAUUGUUUUUCUGAUGAAAACGAUGAUGAUGGCCCUGUCAGUCAUCUGUGCUGUAGCCGAAUGUUGAUGAGUUUAAAAAAAAAAUUGUUUUGUAUUUAAUUCAAAUGCCAGUAGUCUUACAUUGUUGCUCUUCAGUUUUCUGUGUAUAAUCCAUAGUGGAAAAUGGCAAUAAAGUCUUGUUUUUUUAACAAUC